UGCUUUUUCUUAGUCUAAAAGAAAUGGGAGAUCCCUACUUGCCUUAAGGUUUCUUUUAACCUUCCCUCUCUCUUCCUCCCCAAAAUUCCCCACUAGGCCCCAAAAGAACCCACCCGAGCACCUUACACCUGCCUCCCAUCAUCUCUCAAUGCAUUGCAGGUUUCUGACGACCCUGCUGACACACCUCCCGAACCUCCAGCCACCCACCAGCCAUUGGACACAGAUCCUUCUAGCAGAAAACCUCCAUGGGUUCCCAGGAGAACUCUUCUUCUUGCUCCAAAGCCCUUGGAACCUGGGGCCUGGAGACUCCGGACAGUUCUAGCCCGGACUCUGCCAGCCACCUGGAAGAACAGUGGCCAAAACCCUGCCUUGAUGAGCAGAGCAUGGACAUCGUAUUGGAAGACUCAAGGGAGCUGUUGUCUUUAACCUCACCUCCACCAGGCAGAGAGAUCAGAUAGGAAGUCACUGUGAACUGACAGAACAUCGAAGACAUCUGCCUCUGUUGUGGAAGUCUGCAGGUGUAUACGCAGCACCCCUUAUUUGAGGGGGGAAUAUGUGCCAGUGUAAGGGCACGUUCCUGGAGACCCUCUUCCUUUAUGAUGAGGAUGGGCACCAGAGCUACUGCUCCAUCUGCUGCUCGGGGGACACCCUGUCCAUCUGUGAGAGGCCCGACUGUACCAGAUGCUACUGUUUCGAGUGUGUGGGUAUCCUGGUGGGCCCCAGGACCUCAGAGAGAAUUAAUGCCAUGGCCUGCUUGGUUUGCUUCCUGUGCCUGCCUUUCAGUCAGAGCGGACUGCUGAACACACGAAGGAAGUGGCAUUACCAGCUGAAGACCUUCCAUGGUCUAGAGCAGGCAAACCUCUGGAGAUGUACAAGCCAGUGUCUGCGUAGAAGAGACAGUCAAUGCAGGUACUGAGCCUCUUUGAGAAUAUUGAGAAAGACAGAGAGUUUGGGCCUUUUGGAAAGAGGUUCUGGCUCUGAAUAAGGAAGACUGAAGUACUUGAAAGAUGUCACGAAUGUUGUGAGGAGAGAUGUGGAGAGAGGGGGCCCCUUUGACCUCAUGUAGGGCUCGACACAGCCACUAGGUCGCUCUUGUGACCACUGCCCUGGCUAGUACAUGUUCCAGUUCCACCUGAUCAUGCAGUAUGUUCAACCACCCCCAGGGAGUCAGUGGCCUUUCUUCUGGCUGGACAGUCUACUGCUGACUGAGGAUGACCAAGUCACCGCAACCUUCUUCCUUCAGAUGGAGGCUGUGACUCUCCAGAAUAUCCAUGGUAGAGUCCUCCAGAAUGCUGUGCCGGUGUGGAGCAACAUCCCAGGGUUGAAGAGCAAAUACUUGGCCCUGACACCAAAGGAGCAACAGUCCUUGGAAGACCAAGGCAGAACCAGAGCCAAGAUGGCCGCCCAGAAAAAUGACCCCCUGGGAAAGACCUGCCUUCUCCCCCUGAGAGAGUAUUUCAAGUAUUUAUCUCAGAACCCGCUUCCUCUUUACAAAUGAAUCAUGAUACAAUGAAAGAAGAACCGCCUAGAACCGCCGCAGCCUUCCUCCCAUGGCCUUUUCCCUCGGCAGGAUUUUCUUCUGUUUGCUUGCUUGCCUUUGGGUUUCUCCUCUUCGGUUCCCAAGAUGCCUCCUGUGCAGCUCACUCUGGGGGUGGGAGGCACCCACUUCUGUGGACAUGAUCCUGAUGGGAUAACCUGUCAUGAGUCGCCAAAAGUGUGUGUGUACCUGUUGUGAAGUUUUUCAAAUAUUGUAU